GACAUGUUCUCCGACCAGGCUGCCCAGAGCGCUCCCACCCUGCUGUCCCCACUGUCGGCCAGCACCCCCACCUUUGCUCGGGUGCCCGUGGUGGGCUACACCAACUGCUCACAGCCCUUCCGGCUGGGGGAGCGCAGCUUCAGCCGUCAGUAUGCCCACAUCUAUGCCACCCGCCUCAUCCAGAUGAGACCCUUCCUGGUGAGCCGGGCUCAGCAGCACUGGGGCAGUGGGGUCAGGGUGAGGAAGCUGUGUGAGCUGCAGCCCGGCGAAGACUGCUGUGUGGUGGGGACCCUCUUCAAGGCCAUGCAGCUCCAGCCUUCCAUCCUGCAGGAAGUCAGCGAGGAGCACAACCUGCUGCCUCAGCCUCCUCGGAACAAAUACAUUCACCCAGACGAUGAGUUGAUCUUGGAAGAUGAACUGCAGCGGAUUAAACUGGAAGGCACUAUCCCCGUGCCAACGCUGGUUACAGGUACCGUCAUGGCUGUGUUUGGUUCCGUGAGAGAAGACGGCAAGUUUCUAGUGCAGGAUCACUGCUUUGCUGACCUAGCUCCUCAGAAGCCGGUGGCACCCCUAGACGCAGACAGGUUUGUGCUGCUGGUGUCUGGCCUGGGUCUCGGUGGAGGUGGUGGCGAGAGCUUGCUGAGCACCCAGCUGCUGGUGGACGUGGUGACGGGGCAGCUGGGGGAUGAAGGGGAGCAGUGUUGCGCUGCCCACAUUGCCCGCGUCAUACUGGCUGGGAAUCUGCUUAGCCAGAACACUCAGAGCAGAGAUUCCAUUAACAAGGCCAAGUACCUCACCAAGAAGACGCAGGCAGCCAGUGUGGAGGCCGUCAAGGUGCUAGACGAGAUCCUCCUGCAGCUGAGUGCUUCAGUACCAGUGGAUGUGAUGCCUGGUGAGUUCGACCCAACCAACUACACGCUGCCCCAGCAGCCCCUGCACCCAUGCAUGUUCCCGCUGGCUAAGGCCUACUCGACACUCCAGCUGGUCACCAACCCCUACCAGGCCACCAUCGAUGGAGUCAGGUUCUUGGGGACGUCGGGACAGAAUGUGAGUGACAUCUAUCGGUACAGCAGCAUGGAGGACCACCUAGAGAUCCUUGAGUGGACCCUGCGGGUCCGUCACAUCAGCCCCACAGCUCCUGACACCCUAGGCUGCUACCCCUUCUACCAAACUGACCCCUUCAUCUUUCCGGAAUGUCCUCAUGUCUACUUCUGUGGCAACACCCCCAGCUUCGGCUCCAAAGUCAUCCAAGGACCCGAGGACCAGACCGUGCUCUUGGUGGCUGUCCCUGAUUUCAGUGCCACACAGACUGCCUGCCUCGUGAACCUACGCAGCCUGACCUGUCAGCCCAUCAGCUUCUCGGGCUUUGGGGCAGAGGAUGAGGAGGACCUGGGAGGCCCAGAUCUGUGA